CCCUAACAAACCCUUAAAAUAUUCCGCGAUUUAAGCCACUCCUAUACUUUUAUACAGACACCCUUUUGCUACAUUUUGGUCAGUGCAAAAAAAAACUAGCAUGGCUGCUUCUCUUUCUUCUUUCUUUUUCGUUCAACCAAGAAGGCCGUAUCCAAAGAGGAGCAAUACACGUCUGAUCAAAGUUCAGAACUAUCAAGAUGAAGAGAGAUGGACGAGCGUAGAUGGUGAUUUGAAUGUUCUGAAGAAGAGGAUAGAGAUGGUGAGGGUGAAGGAGAGAUUGGAAAGGUGUUGCAGAUCUCAACAUGGUUGGAAUUAUGUCUCGCUUUAUAACGACAAAGUCAGAGGAAACAAAGAGUUCAACGUAAUUGAGUUUGGUGGUUUGGUUUGUGGCAGUCUUGGUCUCACCUUCUUUGCUGGAACAUUCUUCAUUUGCCUUCUUUCCCUAAUUGUUCAUCUUCAACUAUUCUUUUUUCCCCACCAUCUGUAAAUGUACACAGCUCAACAACGUUUGAUUUUCGUCUUUUGUCCGUCGUUUGUGUUGUGUGAUGGAAAUUGUGAGGGGAUUACAGU